AUGACGUCAAAAACUCGCUACAAAGAGCAGUAUAGACAGAUGAGGCACAAUGGCAACAACAUCCUCAAACCGCCCCAUGUCUUGGAUGAGGUGGAAACAAAUUAUAUGCCAGGAAGCGUACGGUUACGCCUGCAAGGGACUACAGACUUGAUCCAUCACACGCCAGUUAAAGCUGGUCAGGCACACAUCGAGUAUGGUCCACUGUCCUUCGAGCCAGACGUGAUUCAAAGUGAGAUGUACCCUGGGUUUGAUGCACCACCUCCCAACUUUCAGGGCGUACAUUGGGAUAACUCGCAUGCGUUGGCCAAAACUUUGGAAGAACAAGAGUCUGACAUCGCCAGCGGGCUACAUAAGUGUGGAAUUAGCCCGGAGAAAGACAUACAGAACCUGAUGACAGUGAAGGAUGGUGCCGACGGCAUGGGAAAUAUCUCAAUUUUUAGGGAAGCAAGUGAUAUACUACUCCCAGAUAAGGCAUUCAGAGCAGCAUUCGCUAUUAUACGUUGCGAGGUAAUGAAGGACGGAGAGAGAACAACCGUAUAUGAACCGUCUGACCUCAAUUCUGUGACGAUCACGAGGCUGUUAAUAGGGUGCACUGGGGAUGAGAACAAUUCUGCAUCGGCCAAGUGCAUGCUGCACACUAUGGAGAGGCAGAGGGAGCUCUCCAUCAACAUCAACAAUAGAUGGAGACGGCACAAGGUCAUGUUUUAUAACAGCAUGAUAGACGAAAAAUUGGACAGGGCCGACUGUGGAUUGCAAGGGAGCGGUUCGAAAUAUCUGUACACCCUGUGCCAAGCAACCAGGCAAGAGGCCAGAGCAGCUAUUGGAUCUUUCGAGAUUGACAGAAGUGUUGAAGAAGUCCUGGAGACAGCUUCAUAUGUGAUAGUGAAUCCUGACAAAAGGCCAAGCAAUGAAUUGGCUGACGCCGCCCAGGGUGUGAAAGAGUUUCCGGUUUUUAUGUCAACCCCAAGAUGGAAGCUACUUGAUGCAACUCUCGACGACAUCACUUUUGGCUCAUUUUUUUAA